AUGGACGAUGAGUUUCAAUACUACCAGCAGUACGGAGCCCGUCUUCCUUCAUACUUCUCCGCCCCAUAUCACAGAAGUCCUUACAUGAUAUCACGUCGACAGUACGACGAUGACUACUCCGAUUACUAUCGCGAUUUCAAAGCACAGUCCAGAGACUACGACCGACGGGUACAGACGUAUCAGCACGCGAUCUACUUUAUUAGGGUCCGUCAAGAGUUUUUAACUAAAAACCUUCCAUGGCUUCUAACCAUUUCUCUUCAGAUUUUUAUCGCUGGAGUUUUAUUGGUGUCAGAUGUGUCCAGAAUAGUGCUGCUCUGGACUUUUGUGCAGUCAGCUGGUACCAUAAUAGAAAUGAUUUGUCAACUGUCCUUUCCACUAUUCUCGCUCAUUCUCGGGUUUUUAUCGCUCACCAGUGCAUUGUCUCCGUCAAGCGUCAUCUCCAAAUCGGUGGCCAUUCUCCUGAUUGCUGCUAUUGUACCGAAUUUCGUCUUUCCAAAGCAGGCUGCUUUCAUAACUACUGCUGUUGAAGCUGUCGAGGUAUCGCGGGCGGCUGAUAGGAACCUCAUGAAGCAGGAUAUCGCCUCACUGCCCGUGGAUUUUCUCGUUCUCCUGCAGUACCUGCUUGUCAGCUAUGCAAUGUUUGCCUUUGUUCAACUGGUGAUUCAAGUGAUUACUGUCUAUUUCCUCGCCAAACUUCUCUCAGUGUACAAUGUCGUUCGGCGUUCGAGUUGUCCAAUGAGAAUCAUGCAGUUAAACAAGUGGGAACUUCACUUCAUCCGGAGAACCACUUCUUUUGUCGAGAUCUCAGCCGUCAGCAAACGUCUGCUGUUGCUGAAAUGCAGUUCUAGG